GAAUAUGCAAAGCAAUAAGAUAAUUUGGAUCAUUGUGAUAUGUGGCAAUUGCAGUUCACCAGCUGUUUGAGCUCUAGUAGGAAGUGUGACAAAAAUUUUUAAGAGGAGUUUCGGGGCGGGGGGAAAAGGACAUCAGUUUUGUUUUCCAAUAAUAAUAGUGUAAUCCUCUUUGUCACUUAGGGCACUUUUUGCUGUGUGCAGAGAUACUACGGGCGGGGUAUAUACAACGCAAAAUGUUAAACAGUUGUUGGCUAGCACGCACAAAAGAAACAGUGAGGCUUUAAUGAGCUGCUAGGCUAAGCAUUCAUCUGCUCACCACCACCCCUGCUAACACACCAGGCAGCCACGCAGAUAUCCCUCAGGAAGGGAAGGGUCAGCCUCUGCUGCUCAAAGUUGCUGAGUUGCUACAUUCUGGCUCCGUGGUGGUGGUGUUUUUGUUUGUUUAUUUGUUUGUUUUAGGACUUACACCUUUUUACGUUGUGCUUUUCCUCCCAAGUGCUUGUGCUACUAAUGGUCCAUAUCUCAAAAAUGUUACCUCUCUGCGGCUCAUACCUUUCUUAUCUUGGUGUGGCUCUGCUGCACAGCUUCUUAGAACAGAGCAGCUUCCUCAGAAGCCGGAGCCAAGGUCAUGCAGCUGCGCUGUAUUCAGCAUGGGCCUUGGAUCCACACUGACAGCUGAAGCCAUGGGAGAAGGGCAGGGGAAGGUUACAGGGAGAGUGUUUUUCUUCAGAAGGAAGACAUCUGAAAAGGUCUCCGAGGCAUGAGCUUUUAGGGUAUACAGCAUGGCCCAAACAGAGAAGAAAGGUGGGCUGCUCCGGAAAUCUUCAGCCUCCAAGAAGCCAUUGAAGGAGAAAGUUGUGUUGAUGUAUGAUGAGAUUUUCACGACAGAGGACCCCAGUAAAUGCAACCCUAGGUUUUGGGAGGAGCUGUUUCUCAUGAAGGUCAACUUGGAAUAUCUAGAAGGCAAGCUGGAGGCUCUGGAUGGGGAAGAAUUAAUGAAGAUAAAAGAUAACAUCAACUGCUUGUUUCAGCACUGUAUCCAGGCCCUGGGUGAGGAGCACCCAAUCAGAGUGGUCAAUGCAUUACAGACUUUAUGUGCAUUGAUUCGGGGUGUCCAUCAGAAGAACAAAUCCACUUCUGGGUUUGACAUCAUCAACAUGCUUGUGGGUUUUGAUAAGGCAGAGCUGUGUAUGAAGAAUCUGAUGGAGAGCUUGGACUCGCUCCUCUGUGCAGAAGGUUCUGAAAGCCUCAAAAGCUUGUGUCUAAAGCUACUUCUCUGCUUGGUGACGGUGACAGAUAACAUUAGCCAGAACACUAUCCUGGAGUAUGUGAUGAUUAACAGCAUAUUUGAAGCUAUAUUACAGAUCCUGUCCAGCCCACUUAGUCGCAGGGAACAUGGCUAUGAUGCUGUUGUCCUUCUUGCCUUGCUGGUCAACUACAGAAAGUAUGAGUCAGUGAAUCCCUACAUUGUGAAGCUCUCCAUCGUCGAUGAUGAAGCCACACUCAAUGGAAUGGGACUUGUAAUUGCCCAGGCUCUAUCAGAAUAUAACAGGCAAUACAAAGAUAAGGAAGAGGAGCACCAGAGUGGUUUCUUCUCAGCCCUAACUAAUAUGGUGGGCAGCAUGUUCAUAGCAGAUGCUGAUGAGAAAAUCUCAGUCCAAACGAAUGAAGCAAUCCUUCUGGCCCUCUAUGAAGCUGUUCACUUAAACCGGAAUUUCAUCACAGUUCUGGCACAAAGCCAUCCUGAAAUGGGGCUGAUGACAACACCAACAAGCCCAAUUCCAAUGACACCUGUCACUCCACUUGGAACCACCCCGCCUUCUUCAGAUGUUAUAAGCUCUGCAGAGCUGCCUUUGGAUGCUGAUGUGCAAACUAGCAACCUGCUGAUAACCUUCUUGAAGUACAGCUCGAUUGUGAUGCAGGACACAAAAGAUGAGCACCGGCUACACAGUGGCAAGCUGUGUCUGAUUAUCCUGACGUGCAUAGCAGAGGAUCAGUAUGCUAAUGCUUUUCUCCAUGAUGACAACAUGAAUUUUCGAGUAAACCUACACAGGAUGCCAAUGAGACAUAGGAAGAAAGCAGCAGACAAGAACCUGCCCUGUCGCCCACUGGUGUGUGCGGUGCUUGAUUUAAUGGUCGAGUUCAUUGUAACACACAUGAUGAAAGAAUUUCCUAUGGAUCUCUACAUACGGUGCAUUCAGAUUGUGCACAAGCUGCUGUGCUACCAGAAGAAAUGCAGAGUGAGGCUUCAUUACACCUGGAGGGAGCUCUGGUCAGCUUUGAUCAACUUGUUGAAGUUCCUCAUGUCUAAUGAGACUGUGUUGCUGGCCAAGCACAACAUCUUCACCCUCGCUCUUAUGGUUGUGAACCUGUUCAACAUGUUCAUCACUUACGGAGACACCUUCCUCCCCACUCCCAGCAGCUAUGAUGAGCUGUAUUAUGAAAUUAUUCGGAUGCAUCAGAAUUUUGACAACCUUUAUUCUAUGGUUUUAAGGCUGUCUACCAAUGCUGGUCAAUGGAAAGAGCCUGCAAGCAAGGUGACCCAUGCAUUAGUCAAUAUUAGAGCCAUCAUCAAUCACUUCAACCCGAAGAUAGAGUCUUAUGCUGCGGUGAAUCACAUAUCACAGCUCUCCGAGGAUCAGGUUUUGGAAGUGGUACGGUCCAACUACGACACGCUGACCCUGAAACUGCAGGACGGACUGGACCAGUAUGAGCGCUACUCGGAGCAGCAUAAAGAGGCUGCCUUCUUCAAAGAGCUGGUUCGGUCUAUCAGCAUCAAUGUGAGGAAGAACCUUGCUUUCAACACGCUGAGCCAGGAACUGCUGCUGAAGGAAUUCUCUACAAUCUCUUGAGGCGGGGACACUGCCACUGUGCAGGGCUGACCAGAGACGAGCCUGUCUGGGCAGGGACACUACAGAUCUGCAGCUGGUCGCCCCUUGCCUUCCGCCUGCAGAAGGGACUGCAUUUCUUUUAGGGGAGAACCUUGCUGCUGUGUGUUUGAUCCCAAAGGCGUGUGUUUCAACAGGACUGGGGCUGAGGAAAGGUGAUUGGCAUGUUGAGGAAGAGGAGGAAGCAAUUUUGUAAGGUGCCAUGGGGGUGAGCAGCCGUUCCUGUGACGUAGCAAUGGGAGAUUCCCUCCACAGCCUCAGGGAAGAUGCACUGGAAACCUUUGUAGCAGAGCUGGGGAGAGCUCACAACCAAAAUAAUAAAACCAGUCCAGCUGUGUGAGACAAUUCUGGGUUGAGAUUGCUCGCCCGCUCUACGGGGAAAGCUCUCUGAUCCCAGCUGAGAGCUGUUCUUUUCCAUCAGUCUGGAUCAACCUGCCCUCCCGCAAUGUAGGUCAAAUCCACUGCCAUCCCAUUAGGAAUGGCUUUGGAGUAUGAAACAGUUUCACCAAGGAGCAGGCCCUGCUCACUGCUGGCUCCUGAUGUCAGAAGGUGUGACUUGAAUCAAGCCAUCAGAUUACUGGAGAAGGAGAAAUUUUGCCUCCAAGGCUGCUGGCGUACAGGGUCCAGUCUGAGUCAGUAUGCAAGAAUAUGGGUCAUCAAACAGAGCACUUUGUAACUGGAGACCAGCUCUGCUUGGGGUCACUGUUGCUUCCAGUAGUCCAGCUCAUCUCUGCUGUUUCUAAGGUUGAGGGACAUUUUUAGAUAUUCCAUUUUCAUGGGGCAGAGGACAGGCUGACUCCCUCUCCCCACUGCCCUUAUUGCCCAUUCAGAGACUGCAUUGCGACAAUCCUCCUCUUCCUCACAGGAACGUCUGCCUUGCAUGUUUGCAAGUGCCUGGUGACCUUCAUGAACUAAGUCGUCCCUGGUUUUUCCCUUGUGUAGCACGCAAUUAAAAUGCAGCUGGAGAGCUAGUUACUUCACUUUCUCACUUGCCCUCCCGUCUUCACCAAGCAACUUGCAGCAACAAUCUGCUGAGAACUUCCUAAGGAAGAGUUCUGGGAUGAUGCUCUGGGGCACAGGCAGACCUUUCUGCUCCAGAUCCAGUGUUUCAGAGGUGCCCAGGUCCGUCGGAGCCUGUUCCGAGUGCUGCGUCAGGCUGCCAACUCCGGAAUACGCAGUAUAAACACCCGUUCCCUGCUUGUGCGUUUUCAGCUCCCAGCAGUGACGUUAGGAUCUGGCCUGACUUGGUGGACUGAAGCAGAGAAGUUAUUUACAUCCCAGAUCCACUUUUUUUUUUUCCCUAGAAAACAGUUUUUUAAAAAAAGUGCCUAGUCCUGCUCUUAGCCUUGUAGGUUGGUGUGAGUGAUGUGAGUGUCAUGCUCAUUUACUACCAUUUUUAGGCAAGGCUUAUUCAUGCUAACGUGUGUUAAUUGUGUUAAUGUUUCAUCUUUACCUGCUAUGAGCAUGGGAAACUGAAAGCUGUGUCCUUGGCCACCCACUGGGCACAGCGACCGAUGAAGACUGUAUGUUUUCCGUGGGAGCACCGGCUUCUCCCAACAGAAGAUACUUGCCUCAGCAGGGAAUUGUCUGGCUUUUAUCAGCUAAGCCAGGCACUUAUUUGCUUUCCUGCCAUGCAAGUGUGUGGAAAUGUAUACAUGUCAGAGGGAUGGUGCUUGGGAGAGCAAGCAGUCUCCAUAGAAUCACUCUGCUUGAGAACAGGCCAGGACAUGUAGAAGGAGGCAGCUUCUCCAGUGGCAUAUAAGUAAAAAUGCAUCGCACAGCACCGUUGUCUGUAUGUGUGGGGAGCUCUUGCUAGACGCUCUCUCCUCUGAGGGGGGAGUUUCUUCUAAAGGGGGCUUGAGUUGCUUCCUUGAGGUGCAGCCCCAGCAUCGCUGCUGUCGGAGCAUUGAGUCACCCGGCUGUCCACAUGCCUCCUUUUCUCUGAUGCCGCUUAGGCUGAGACUAGACAGAUAGGUGAGAGAGUUGGGGGUGAGUCUGCCUUUGCCUGCGCAACCUGUGGGAUUUUCAGCUUUUCGAUCUGGGCUCAGCUAUCAAAGGUCUCGUCUCCCCCACGGCGCUCCCUUGCUGGGGUGAACUGAGAAGCCCAGGCUGUGACUGGGAGCAGCUCCUGAAGUCAGCUGUCACCCAAGACUGAGCUGGGGAAGACUGAGACACACGUCCUCUUGUCACGCUGUCACCGAACCAAGCACUGUAAAUGGAUGUACAUACAAACCUAGAGCUCAAUAAAUAGCAGAGCCCUGCC